UAAAACUGAUUGGACCUACAAACUCCUCCUCCAUCUGCAGACCUACAUGUGGCCGAAACAAGUCCUGUGUAUUGUUUAGCGAAAUUAUAAUUUUUGCAGAAAAUUGAUCACUACUUAAAGUACAUUAGACUUGUGUCUCUUCUUUGCCUCAAAAUGAGUAUGAUUAAUUUAACCAAUGAAGACAGCGAUGAUAUGCAAACUGUUGACAUGGACAGGACUUGUGAUGCUUCAACUUUAUCCCAGCAGACUGAUCUGCCAGGUGGUGCUGCGCAGCAGACCAUGAGAGUUUACCUCAGAGUCAGACCUUUCUCUAAAGAGGAACUCUCUGACAAGGAGGAUCAGGACUGUGUAGAGAUUGAAAACAGCCAGACUGUGACCCUGAAUGCACCAAAGGGUUCUGCCACAAUGAAGAGCAGUGAAAAGGGCAUUGGCAUGUCACUCCACAAAUUCUCCUUCUCACAGAUUUUUGGGCCAGAAAUUAUGCAGUCUGAGGUAUUUGAGGCCACAGUCAAAAGCCAGAUGACUGAUUUCUUGGAUGGGAAGAAUGCACUGAUAUUCAGCUAUGGAGUAACCAACGCUGGGAAAACCUACACAAUCCAAGGAACUCUUAAACAGCCCGGAAUACUCCCUCGGGUGUUGGAUGCCACCUUUCAAUACAUAGGAGCCAAUCUGUAUGAGGGAAUGGACCUUAAACCCUACCUCAGGAAUGAUGCCCAAUAUCUGGACUCUGACCAAGUCAAGCAGGAGAGCAGUGCUAAAGCGGACAUUUUUGCUUCAGUCAAAGAAGAGUGUGACCGUCUCAGAGUCAGUGGUUUAGACUCCUGUUCAAGUACUCGUCCAUCAUCCUCCUCUUUGUCCUACAAUCAAACUGAGUUGGCAAGCAACCCGACAGAAGCGGCCAGCAGCCAGUUUGCUUUAUGGGUGGCAUUCUUUGAAAUCUACAAUGAGUGUGUGUAUGAUCUGCUUCAACCUUCCCUUUGCUCCAAGUCCAAGAAACGCGCUUCUCUUCGAGUGUGCGACGAUGGUGCUGGAAAUGCUUACGUUAAAGAUCUCAGGUGGAUAAACAUCCACACUCUGGGUGAAGCUUCCAAAGUACUGCAGUUUGGAAACAAAAACAGAAGUGCUGCAGCCACAAAGAUGAACCAGUCAUCCAGUAGAAGCCACAGCAUAUUUACCAUGAAGCUACUGAAGAUCGAUGACCGUACAGUUACAAGGAUCUCAGAGUUUUCUCUGUGUGACCUGGCUGGCUCUGAAAGAUGCAACAAAACCAAAACUUUUGGCGAGAGGCUGAAGGAGGCAGGGAACAUAAACAACUCCCUGCUUAUUCUGGGAAAGUGCAUGACUGCUCUACGCAACAAUCAGGCUGAUGGAAUGAAGAACAGCUACAUUCCUUUCAGAGAGAGUAAGCUAACCAAGCUAUUCCAGGCUGUGUUCUGCGGCAAAGGAAAAGCAUCCAUGAUCGUGAACAUUAACCAGUGUGCUUCCACCUACGAUGAGACUCUCCAUGUUAUGAAAUUCUCUGCUGUUGCCAAACAGGUGGUGCAGGUUAUCCGAGACAAGCCUCUGAAAUCUCUUGCACCUUGUUUGGUUGGUCGUGAUGGCAAGCCCCUGGUGAAGAAUGGGGUGAUAGACACCCAGGCCCUGGAGAGCUUCCUGUCUGAGAAUGAGCUGCUGGAUGAGGAAGACGAGGCAGAUGUGUCUUUGCUGUCACAGAAUGAGCUUGCAAACAUGAUUGAGAGCCUGCAAACAAAACUAGUGGCAGAACGAAAAAAAAACCUUGUUCAUGAAAUUGAAAUCCGAAAGGAAAUGGGAGAUGCUAUGCAACAGCUGAUCAUGGAGAGUGAGGAACUACGGAAUCGACAGGUAGAAGAGCUGAAGGAGGGCUUUCAAGAAAAGCUGGAGAACACUUUUGAGAUGUACAAGGAUGCUAUCAAAAAGCACGCCUACCAGAGUGCUAUGAACAAUCUGGAAGAUAACUACGUACCUGUUGAUGAUUUCAUUGCUGAACAGGAUAAAGUAGAGACCCUGAAGCAAAAGGUUUCUGAGUUGGAGUGCUUAACGUCCAGUAUCAGAGGAUUGUGUGCAGUUCCAACAGUGGAUCAGUCGUGCCAGACUCAACCGUAUAAAUCAACAGAAGCAGCAGUGGACGAUCAACGCAAACGUCUCUACAGAGAAAAAUGUGCCAUUGAGAGCAUUUGUGAGGAUAAACAACAGUUGAUAAUUUCCCUAGAGAAAAGGCUGAAGGAUCUCACUGGAACACUUCAGAAGGUCAGAGAUGGCUUCCUGGAGAAAUCGUGUGAAUUGGAUGAUUUACAGAGAAAGUCUAAUGAUCAGAGAAAAUCAAUGGAGGAAAUCCUACGUCAGAAUGUUGAAAAGGGUCGGGAGAUUGCCUCACUGAAGGCAGAACUGGCGAAGUUUUCCCAGAAGUCCUCUGUGUUUCUCAAACCGAAGCAUGGCCUGCUCGCCAACAUCAGGGAGGCUGUGACUUCUCCACGGAAGAGUUCAACUGGCCGACUGCUGAGAAAAACAGUUAGCACUCCACAGUACUAAAAAGCCUGGCAUCUGAAUAAUGCUUAAAUCAUUUUGGUUUUAAAACUAUACAUGGACAGUUUUAGGGUUCCUGGAAAGACAACGGCAAUAAUUACAUUAUUUUAUUCAUGUAGUGUGUUUGUGAUUUUUUGUGUAUUUUAAUAAAAACGUAUUCUAAAACAA